AUGUUGUUCACUAUUCAAGCUGCUCCUGUGCUUGAAGCUCGUUCUUCCAUGUCUGGUGAUGCUACUUAUUAUACUGUAGGUCUUGGUAGCUGUGGUGAUACCAAUUCUGACAGUGAAAUGGUUGCUGCUCUCUCAGGCUCAUUGAUGGGUUCUAGCAGUGAUGGUAAAUAUUGUGGUAAAUCCAUCACUAUUAAAGGCGGAUCUGGUUCUGUCACAGUCAAGGUAGUCGAUACUUGUCCUAGUUGUGGUGAAGGCGAUGUUGAUUUAAGUCCUGCUGCAUUCAAGGAAUUAGGCAGUUUGUCUAAAGGUGUCAUUCCUAUCAAAUGGUCUCUUUAA